GCUCUUCUUGCAUUGUCUCAAAUGAACGCUAUUUUAGCCGUUACUAUCUGGGAUAGAGCCAGUCUUGUAUGUAAAAAUGUGGAUGGAAAACAAAUAAUUGACCAGGACUCAUAUCGCAGCUUAUAUGUUGAUUCUGCGUGUUCAUCGGGAGAGAUAGAAUGGCGCAUGACCAGAACUAUAGUGGCUUUGCACUUUCGAAGACCUUCAGCAUUUGCUGUGUGUUUUAGUAGCAAAGCACUCGUGGGUUAUGAGAAAUUCAGUGUCUACAAUAUCUCAUUUAAUAAUAUGUUCGUUGGAAGUCCAAAUAUCGAAACGGAAGUAUGUUUAAACUCUGUGGGAAACGUUUUGGAUGUGAAUUUGCUAUCCCUUAGAAAAUACUUCAUCACGAAAGCUUACUUCAGAGUAAGGUGUAUCUCCUGAUGACAUACCUAACAAACUCAUGAUUAUAUCCGUCCAAAAGCCGUCCAAUGACCACAAAUGCUUACCUGGCCUUUUCCCCGCUGUUAACAUAUU